ACACCACAACCCUUUUCCAAAAGCUCAGUUAUACGAAUCUCUUUUACAUUUGCAGCUCUGAACAUCGUUUUUGGGGCCAAACAUGCCCAAGAGCCAUGACGUGUGGGACUGCAGGUUUCAAUCCUCAGAGCCUUUUCCAGUCAACUGAUCCAUCCCAAACCUUUCAGCAGGUAGUUCCUUCCCUUUGGAUUUCAGGAGCCAUGGGGCCAUCAGGAGAGGAGGAAGUGCAGAGCAUAAUCCUGAUCAGUGAUGAUGAAGCCGAGGACACUCUUGGGAAUUCUGUCCUGUUUGUAGACCCCCAGGAGAAAUCUGCCCUGGGAGAGGAGAAACCUGAGGUUGUGGAUGAGGAAUGUGAAUUAAUGGUGACUUUCUGUAAACAAGCCAAUGUGAUGCCUCACGCGAGAUACGACUGCACCACACACCCCUUCGAGAGAACAGAAUGUGACACUUGCUCACCCCUGGGCAAAAACGCUGAGAUCUGUGACCAGUGCUACUGCUACAUCUGUGACAAACUGGCUUCUGAGUGCCAGAACUGGACAACCCCCUCCCUGUGCCACUGCAAUGCCCACAACAAGAGCAGGUUCUGGAAGGAGCAGCGGGACUUUGCCCUGGCCGGGGUCCUGGUCAUGUUCAACCUGGAGCUGACGGACAUCGACGCCGAGCUGCGCCACGGGGGAAGUCUUCUAAUCAAAUUUAUGCAGGAACUUUAUGUGGAAUAUAAUAAGUACCUGACUGGAGAAAGGACGCCUCCCACACAACAUGAAUGCUUUUGCUUGCCAAAAUUGCCCCCUGGGCAGUGCAAUGCCUGCAGGUCACGGAACAUGGAGCUUGUGUACAAGUAUUCUGACGUUUUUGCCCUGGUAACAAGAUUUUUAAAUCAGGCAGAACAAGAAAGUCCUAAAGCUGCUGCUGUGAUGCUGCUGGGAGCAGCCAAAGAGAUUGCAAUGCACAAAGACCCUACCCUAAGCUGGCAGAACCUUGGCCAUACUACUUCACUAAAGAUUGCUGUCCCAUAUCUGUUCCAAAGGAUCACAACCCAACUUCAGAGAAUGCUGGUGUUGUGUGACUUUCCAAAAACUCUGUAUGAAAAGUUCAUUAAUUUUUUUCAGUCCAUCUCCCUUCCCUGUCACUGCUUUGGCUUCUCAAACAGCCUGAACGUGGUGCCCUGGGAUCAUGUGUUGCUGACCACGGUCCUGAAAGGCCAGAACAUCACCGGGCAGAGGACCCAGAAAGGCAGGAAAAUAUUCCUCUGGGAAACACUCCCUGUCAUCGAGGCUCGAGUGGAGAAGCUGGUAGACAAAAAGAACUACAGGGAAGUUGUUCGUUACCUGAGAGCUGUGAAAUGCAAUGACACCAAAGGGUUGAGAGACCUCCGGGAUAAGAUCCCUUUCUACCUGUGCAAAACUGGGGAUUUCCUGGAUGCUGCCCAUUCCCUGCUGUUCCCAGUGAACAGCCUGGCCUGCUGCUCUGCCUGCAGGAUCACCCCCUGCCAGUUUGGGGCCUACCUCAAGAUGUUCAGGACGGGCAGUGUUCCCCCUGGCAAUGACAUGCUGCAGACUGGGCCCUGGCUCACAGUUGGGUCUCCCCUCAGGGAUGGUGUGCUAAUUAAACAGGCACUCAAACUGCUUUACAGCAACGAGUCACUGUACAGGAAUCCCAAAUGCUGGAGUUCUCUCAUCAUGGUUUUGGGUAGUAGCAAUUUGCUGGCAAAAAGUGGGCACCUAAAUCCCUUAUCCCUGAAAGAGCCCCCACUUGACUUCCAGGAGGGAGUCCUGGCUGCCAGUGGGAGCCUCUUGGAGGAGCUGAAGGCCAAAGUUAAUGUUUCUUUGCCACCUUCUAUUUUCUCUCCUCAGCUGCACCACGAGGCUUGUCUCAUCAUGGCAGUAAAAGCAGUGCAACGGAUGCUCUUUUGUGACCUUCCAUACCUGACUUCCUUCUUGGAGAUAGCCCUGGCUUUUGGGAAUAACUUCUGGGCUCUGAGGCUGUUACUGGAGCACCUCUCCUACAAAAAACACGUUCUCCAUGGCACCGUCUCCCUGAUUUUGAGAGACCUCAGUCGCCAGAAAGCAACAGUCCUAAAACUGUGGCAGAACCUCGGUGCCCAGUACGUGGGCGAGUUCCUGUGCCUGUUCCUGACCUGCAGGCACCAGGAGAUGCAGAACAUUGGCCUCUUCACCCUGAACAUCAUCACAGAGAACCUGCACAUGUGUCCGUGGGCAAAGCACCUCAGCAGCUUUUUCCACAGUUCAGGAUUGAGGCACCUCCCCCUCGGCACAGCAGCUCACCACGAAGUCUCAAAGUUCAUAAAAAUUUGUGAACAACUGUGAUUCGACUUCAAACCUUCAGUUUUUCUGAGCAGUGUCUUCCUGGAGCCCCUGGGGUUUCCUUUGGUUUCCAUCUCCAGAAACAUUCAGCUAAAAACCGAGUUCAGGCCGGGGCCCUGAGCUGGGAGAGGGACAGAGCUGUGCUUUGGGAAUUUCCUUUCUUGCAGUUCCACCUGUUGGAAGAGGUUUAAGUUGUUUUUAAAGAGCUGAUCCCCAGAGAUUCCAGGAGAGGGACACGGAUGGAGCUGGAGCAGAGCGAGUUUUCACUCCUGUGGUGACAGGACAGGACAAAACUGCUGAGAGGGGAAAAGCUUAAACCAGGGAAAUUCCUGCUUUCCAUGAAACCACUGGAGGCUGAAAGAGGGACUGAAACUCCAGUCUGGCAGCAAAGGAAGACAAAUGUUCCCAUGUGCCAAACUGCACUUUGCACAUUUAAGGGUUUUGGAGGGGUUUGUGGCUUUUGUUAUCCCAAAGAAGCUGCACUUACUUGAGUUCUCUACAGAGAGUGUAUCGAAAUCAACAAUUGAAUAUUGUC